ACCGUGUUCUUCCUGCUCGUCCUUUCUGUUGGCCUUCCGCUCCUGUUGUCCGCUUAAUCUAGCUAUUAUUUUCUCCAGUGACGUCUCGAUUUUCUAUCACUCUGUCCCGUCUGUCAGUUCCACCUUCUCCGUGGUGCUAUCCUUACCCCGGUGUUUUACUUAUACAUCUCUGGUUCGGGUUUCUUAGGCGUUUUCUUCACGCGGGGUCUCGAUUCGUUCCGCCGGGAGCGGCCCUGGAGGUCUCUGCUAAGUUGUGUUUCAAUUUUUGGUGCUCAUUAUUACCAGCUGCGCCGGCACAACAAAGGGUUUAAUUGAGUAGUGAGAUCUGAGCCGAGAACAAGAUAGCUCGCCGCCCCCUUCGUUUUUGUUUUUAAGGUCAUGUGAAGGUCUGCUUAGCAGAAAGCCUGGACCCAAUUCACAAAUCAGCGAUUUUUACAAGGUCCGGCAGAAUUCGUCAACAGUGUAUUUGCAUUUUAGCAUUUUAUUAAAUUUAAAACGUGGCCCAUCUUGGAGUAGUUAUUGCUAACAUUCUGUGUAAGGAGUAAAUAAAUUACGCCAAGGUUCAGUAUACUAUCCUAGCUGGUUGGAGCUUCGCAUGUGGCUGGCUGGUUAAUUUUUUUUGGCUUCUCAGUGCCGGGUGCUAAUCCUUUCUGCAAGGGAGUUUGUGUAAAAUUGUUGGAGGCUUGAUAAAGUGAGGACCUAUCACAUUUCAAAUUGGCGGCGUAAAUCACCCUUACAUAUUUAUGGAACAACAGGCAAGAAAAAGAGCGCGGCCAAGGCUCCCUGUCACCGCAGAUGGAGCGGAGAAAGAGUUCCAAGCGGUUGCAAAAUGCCAAGCUUGGUUGCAUACAAGGAGAAGAGGCAUCGCAGAGUGGGUGUUCCGCCGAUUCUCCAAACAUAAAUGCAUCUCCUGCUGCCAGACCUUCAAAUUCAGGCAGCUGUCCAAACUUAAAUGAUGCUCCUGUGACGGGGCAUGCCAAUGCAGAGGAAAACAAUAUAGGGCCCGAGUUAUCGAGAAAUGGAGCUGCAGGUGAAUGCUCAGACUUGUAUGAAACCCCUGUCACCGAAUCUGCAGAUACAGAGAAAACCACAACAGGGAAACAUGCUGAAAAAUUCUAAAUGCAAAAUUUUCAAAAAAAUUAAAACUUCUGACUGUUGAGAACAAGUUGCUCUAAACUAGACACCGCACCAGAACUGCUUGGCAGAAAUUUGGUCAUUGUUAAGCUACUUGACAAUUGCUACAAGUGGUGACCGAGUCUCAAUAAAUGCUUCCGAGUGUUCACUACACAGGUUGAAGCUUCCAAUAGCUAUAGUUUUGCAUUUGUUGCUCACAGUCAUACUGGAGAAUUGAUUUAAGCACUGUCAAGUUGUAAACCAGGUACGGUUACUCCUGAAGUAGCUGAAGGAAUUGGUAUUAGAGAAGCUCUGAGUUGGGUAAAAUCACAGCAGCAUUCCGGGUUUGAGAUAGAAACAGACUGCUUGAUUUUGGUUCAAGCAAUUAGAAGCAGUGCUACUUUCCUGUCAUAUUGGGGUGGAAUUAUUCAGGAUUGUAAAGCUUUGCUAGAUGAGCUAAAGAACAAAAAUGGUAUUCUUAGAUUUGUAAGACGGUCUGCGAACAAUGUAUCUCACUAUCUUGCACGAUAUAGUAGUUCCAUAGCUGAUCGUAGGUGGAGGAUGGGGAUGUCCAUCCCGAGUUCCAACUUGUAUUGUCAAAAGACCUUUGAUCUAUUGGUAUCUCUUUCUUUGGCCAAAAAAAAAAAGAUCUGAUGAUAUUUAAAAUAGAUUAAUUUUUAAGCAA